AUGACGUCGGGGCUGGGUGUAGCUUAAAGUUAAACCGUUCGUGUGUUCUUUUCGAAAACGCGAGAAGAAGCCGAAAAAACGAGUUUUUCCUGAUGCUGGGCCUCUGCUGAGUUAAAUGCGCGUAGCAGCUACACCAGGUGUUUGUGGUAGUGACUUAAUUCGUAGGAACUUGGCGGAAAGUAGUGAAGUGAGUAGUCGCUCUUUCGUCAAAAAGCAGCGAGCAUGAGCGAGGAAAGUAAUCCUCGAACCCUCUACGUGGGGAAUCUGGACGCCUCGGUGUCAGAGGACCUUUUGUGCGCCCUGUUUUCCCAAAUCGGGCAAGUCAAGGGAUGCAAGAUUAUUCGGGAACCCGGCAACGACCCUUAUGCCUUCGUCGAGUUCACCAAUCACCAGUGUGCAGCCACGGCGCUGGCCGCCAUGAACAAGCGCCUCUUCCUCGACAAGGAAAUGAAGGUGAACUGGGCUACGAGUCCAGGAAAUCAACCGAAGCAAGACACGAGCAAUCACCAUCACAUUUUCGUGGGUGACUUGUCGCCAGAAAUUGAAACACAAACUUUGAAGGAAGCUUUCGCACCUUUUGGCGAGAUCAGCAACUGCAGAAUUGUGCGAGAUCCUCAGACUCUUAAAAGCAAGGGAUAUGCAUUCGUUUCUUUCGUGAAGAAGUCGGAGGCAGAAGCUGCGAUCACGGCUAUGAAUGGACAGUGGCUAGGUUCUCGUAGCAUCAGGACAAACUGGUCGACGCGAAAACCACCGCCGCCGCGGUCGGAGAGACCAAGGCAUGCAAACAGCAGCAAACCGAAUUACGAAGAGGUAUAUAACCAAAGUAGCCCAACAAACUGCACUGUAUAUUGUGGCGGUUUUACAAAUGGUAUCACAGAUGAGCUCAUAACCAAAACCUUCUCGCCAUUCGGAACGAUCCAAGACAUACGGGUAUUCAAAGAUAAGGGGUAUGCUUUUAUCAAGUUUACGACCAAGGAAGCUGCGACGCAUGCCAUCGAGUCCACACACAAUACAGAGAUCAACGGUAGCAUCGUCAAAUGCUUCUGGGGAAAGGAGAACGGUGAUCCUAAUAGCGUAGGACCUAAUGCCAAUCAACAAGCUCAACAGGUGACGACAGGCGCUGGACAGUAUGCCUACGGUUACGGUCAGCAGAUGGGAUACUGGUAUCCUCAGGGCUACCCCCAGAUGCAGGGCCAGUUUCUCCAGCAUGCUCAGUACUACAACCAAUACUACAGUCAACAGGCUCAGUAUAUGAACAGUAUGAGAAUGCCAACACCGGCCGCUGGCACAUGGCAACCCGGACAGCCGGCCGCGGCUCCUCCGACUCCAGCCGCUCCACUCCAACCUGGACAGCAGCCCGCGAUGGUGACUUACACCAUGCCACAGUAUCCCACGCAAUGAAAUCGAUCACCAGCAGAACCAUGCCAACUGAAACCAGUUACAUACGGCGGAACAUUAUUCUUCGCUCGGGCCUUACUCGAACCCUCUUCAACUAUUAUAUACCGGUUCUUUCGCGCAGCGUCUUUGACUCUUCCUCCUCCUCCUCCUCCUCUUCCUCCUCCUCCUCCUCCUCCUCCUCCUCCUCCUCCUCUUCUUCGUUCUUCCUCUUCUUUAUCUUCUUCUUUUUCUUCUAUUUUCAAAACUACUGUCGUUGAAAAGCGUACUCGGAAUUCGGCCCAUCUCUCACUUUUCUUUAGUUUUGCCUCCUUUUAAACCUCAAAGACUGGGUGGAAUAUAGCCUUACACCGUAGAUUGGUUUCGUAAUCUAGGUUCUAGAAUUUAAAACAACAAUAACAACAACAAAAACAACAAACAAACAAAAGAAAAACUCCUCGACGCGCCGAGUUGACGGUAUAUAUCCGAACCAAUGAUCGAGGGCCCUCAAGAGCCCUGCAUUCGUCGUGCCGGUGCUUUGAAGAUACGCCAUACGUUGCGACUAUUGCGGUGUUAUAUUUUUUAAUCUCUCUCUCUCUCUCUCAUCCCUCUUCCCCUUGCCCUCGUUUUCCCAUUUCUUCAUCCAAAAUCCAUUUUCCUUUUUUUCCCAUCCCAUCCCAUCAUAUAUCCCUCCCAAAAAACAACAAAACAAUACAAAAAAAAAAACUCGUAACACCAACUUCGACUUCGUUUCUUGGAAUCAUCGAUGAACAGUGACGUGUCUUAAAAUGUUCAUUCAUGAUCGAUUUACCGAGUAUGAUAUUGAACUGUAGUGUAAGAUAGACGAAAGAUAGCUAGACACAGCGCCUGUGAUGUAGCUAGAUUUGGAUGCACGCCAUUUAAACGUAUGCAGGGCCCUCGUCGCGCGAAGACGACUCUUGCGUUCCUUUUUCUCAAUAUUUCGCCUUUUUUUGUUGGAUUAGUCGAUCUUUAUCGUCGGUGGUUCGAUUUGAGAUUCCUUUUUUUUUUCUUUUUCUUUCUUUCUUUCCCGUUUCAAUUCAAACAUUUCUCAACUUUUAUGCCCUUUUUUCAGGGUUUUUGUUUUGUGUUCGCUCCGAGAUCGGAAGCAAAUCAGAUUUGAACGAUUUCGGGAAUUUGACAGUUUCUAAUUUUUUUUUCUUCUCUUUUUUUCUUUUGAAUGGAUGAUUCGAUAGAUUUGAAGUUUAAGUUUGUAGGUAUUUUAAAUUUGAAAGCGGUUUUAGAGGGGGUGGGUUGGAACAUCUUGUUCGGAGAGUCGCUGGUGAAAUAAUUUUUUUUCUAGUGAAAAGAUCCUUUUGUCACUUUUGAGUUGCAGCAUUUCCCGUAUAUUUUGAAAAAAAAAAAAAAA